GAAUACACAUUCAUUAGCAUGCAAGGGGAAAUCAGAGUGACUGCCCCACCACGAAAUGGGGUACAGAUGAGCAAUGGGGAAGUGUGGGUAAUUUCAGGGGGCUAGUAAAUGAUUUUCAGGGGAAUUCAGUGGGCUUGAAGAACAUACAGUGGCCUGGGACAAAGUCUGUUGGGCUCCCAGAGCAGACAACGGUUUGCAAAAUCUGUCCAGGUGUGUGAGCAGGCUUCAGUCUUUCUUCCUGUGACAGGAGUUCAGUCAGAGAAAACUCCAGGAAGGGACCAGUGGUCAUUGUUUUCUUCUUUGGUGGGUCCAGACUUAAGGCAGAUGAGGAACUUCAGAGAACAACUUCACUGUAUGCUUUGGAAGAGACAAAGGGUUGGGGGGCCUGUGGGAGUCUGGUCGGAGAGACCUUAAGGCUUCUUCAGUUCAGAAUGUCACACCACUAUAUUUCGGGGUAUUGGUUUCUGAGCCCCAACAAUGGGUAACUGAAACUGCAGAAAGCGAAAUCACAAAUUAGCUGGGCGUGGUGGCUCAUGCCUGUAAUCUCAGCUACUCAGGAGGCUGAGGCAGAACUGCUUGAACCUGGAAGGCAGAGGUUGCAGUGAGCCAAGAUCCCGCCAUUGCACUCCAGCCUGGGCAACAAGAGCAAAACUCUGUCUCCAAAAACAAAAAAAGGAAAAAAAAAAAGUGACACCACAGCAAACUGGGGCGGGGGUGGGGGGAACGGUAAUGCGGUAAUGCGCUCCCUCCUCCUGCCUCUCCUUGUCUGAGAAGCCCUGGUGCCCUGCACGCUCUCACAAGGUGACCCCGCAGCACCAGAAGCAGGGUAUGUGCCAGCAGACCAAGCCUGUGUGGCAGGGGCUUCCCAGCGCUCCAGAAUAGGGGAGACACCAGCAGAGGUGCAAGAAACAGCCCCGGACAGGAAGCGGUAGAGAGACCCAGAAAGGCAGGGUGGGUGUGCACUGGCCUCCAGGUCCUGAAGGCCGACUCUGCAGUGGGAGUAUACCCAGCUGGGUGGGGCCUGACCUACACCCCUUGUGUGCCAGGGGAAUGUAUCUUGCAAGCUGUUUUGCUGCACCCAGGGAUGACCUUCUCCACUCAGGCCCAGGUCCCUAAGUCCCCUCCUAACAGCCACAAGUCGUACUCUCUAGCGCCUUGCCUGCCCCAUCUCAGGAAAAGUGACCUGAGAGGCCCAAGCUUAUUCCUGCCCUCCCUGAGCCAUGCUCCCUGCCCAACUUCCUAAGGCUUCGGUGACGGACGGCAAUCUCCUUGCCUGGGCUGCACAGGCACACUGCCCUCUCCCCCUUGGGGUUGCAUGGUCUGCAAGUGCACACACCUAUAUCUCGCCCUCUCAGGGGAAGGAUUUACCAGGCCCUCUCUGUCUGCAUCCACUGGGUCUCUGGCUACAGGCAGAGAGCCAGUCAGCAGUGCCCCUGCAGCUGUUUGGGGCUGGGGGCUCCGAUGAUGCCAGAGCCCUAGGGUUUACAGGCACCUAGGCAGAUUCGAGGAUCCAAGUCCCUGCCACAUGCGUUUGGGUGAGACCGACCUCACUGCCUCAGUUUCCUCCUAUACACUGAUGCUAUUAACAAAAAUACCCACUUCAGGAGGUAGUUGUAAAGAUUAUACAAGAGACUACAGAGCGUUAGGCAGCACCUGGCACAAGACAAAUGCUCAGUAAAAGACCGCUGCUGUCAUUAAUGUCAACACCAGCCCUGAGCUCCUGCCCUGGAGCUGACCCAGCGCUCACGCCCAGGAUCAGAAAGGGAGGGCUGGGGCUGAUGAGCUGGGAGGUGGUGUGCGCCCUUCUCCUGCCUCCAGCUCCUCUCUGGACCCCUGUCCUAGCACCUCUUCGGUCCCUGGUUCGGUCUGCCCCUUUCCCACCGCGGCCCGUCUUAGGCCAGGAUGUGCUCCCUGCCCUGCGGACUCUGGAGCAGGGCCCGGCCACUCCCCGGAACCGCCCCGCGCCCUCUCCCCUACACGGGGCAGGCCAGCCCUGGGGCGCCUUAAAAACCCGAGCUGGCGCUUGGCAUCGCCACUCUGGGCAGGAUCCAACGUCGCUCCAGCUGCUCUUGACGACUCCACAGAUACGCCGAAGCCAUGGCAAGCAAGGGCUUGCAGGACCUGAAGCAACAGGUGGAGGGGACCGCCCAGGAAGCCGUGUCAGCGGCCGGAGCGGCAGCUCAGCAAGUGGUGGACCAGGCCACAGAGGCGGGGCAGAAAGCCAUGGACCAGCUGGCCAAGACCACCCAGGAAACCAUCGACAAGACUGCUAACCAGGCCUCUGACACCUUCUCUGGGAUCGGGAAAAAAUUCGGCCUCCUGAAAUGACAGCAGGGAGACUUGGGUCGGCCUCCUGAAAUGACAGCAGGGAGACUUGGGUGACCCCCCUUCCAGGCGCCAUCUAGCAGAGCCUGGCCCUGAUCUCCGGGCAGCCACCACCUCCUCGGUCUGCCCCCUCAUUAAAAUUCACGUUCCCACCCUGU